AAAUCAAAUCAAGCCUAGCAAGCUAAUUAAGGAGAUAUAUAUUUUCAUACAGAGAAAUUAAUAUCAUUCUAGCUAGCUAAUUGGACUUAUUUGAAACUAUGGAUAGAGAAAUGGUCAUGAAGCUUGGAACAUCUCUGGCGGUUCCUUCAGUGCAAGAACUUGCAAAGCAACCAAUCACCAAAGUUCCUGAACAAUAUGUUCGUCCAAACCAAGAGCCUCCUGUUAUAUCCAACACAACGUCUUUACCACAAGUUCCAGUCAUCGAUUUCAAUAAAUUGUUUUCUGAUGAUGGAGUUGAACUAGAGAAGCUUGACCAUGCAUGCAAAGAAUGGGGUUUCUUCCAGCUGAUCAAUCAUGGAGUCAAUCAUUCAUUGGUGGAAAAAAUGAAGAUGGAUGUUCAAAAGUUCUUCAACCUUCCAAAGGACGAGAAGAAGGUAUUUGCGCAGAAACCAGGGGAGAUGGAGGGACUUGGCCAGAUGUUCAUUGCAUCCGAGGAAACCAAAUUAGAAUGGGCAGACUUAUUCCUUAUUGUCACUCUCCCAGAAAACAUAAGAAAUCCUCACUUGUUUCCAAAUCUUCCUCAGCCAUUCAGAGAUCAUCUAGAGAGGUAUGCCUUGGAACUGAAAAAUCUCUAUGUCUCAAUCCUUGAGUUGAUGGCAAAAGCUCUAAAGUUUCAACCAAGUGAAUUGCCAGAGCUAUUUGAAGAGGGAGGUCAAGCAAUGAGGAUGAAUUACUACCCUCCAUGUCCCCAACCAGAAAAAGUUAUGGGACUCAAUCCUCAUUCUGAUAAUUCUAUCCUAACCCUCCUUCUCCAAGUUAAUGAAAUUGUAGGCCUUGAAGUAAGAAAAGGUGGAAGGUGGGUUCCUAUUAAACCUCUCCCCAAUGCUUUUAUCAUCAAUGUUGGAGAUGCGUUGGAGAUAAUGACUAAUGGUAUUUAUCGAAGCAUCGAACAUCGGGCAACAGCGAACUCUGUGAAGGAAAGGAUUUCCAUUGCCACAUUUCAGAGUCCAAGAUUGAAUGCAUUUAUAGGUCCAGCAUCAAGCCUUGUUACCUCUGAAAGACCUGCAAUGUUCAAUAAAAUCAGUGUAGAAGAGUUUUACAAAGGAUACUUUUCAGACAUGCUACAAGGGAAAUCGCACAUUAAUGCCCUGAGAAACAAAAAUGAGUGAUGAUGAAACUAUAUAUGAUUGGCUUUCAUGGGAUGGAAAAAUAAAGUUAGAACUUAGGAAAUAAUCAUGUGAUCAGGUCACCUGUGAUUGGUUGUGUGUAAUAAAGCCACCAUGUAAGCUCAUGUGAGUUAACAAAGUUUCAUUCAGUAUUUUUAUAUACCAUUAUUUAUAAGUUUUGGUUUGUAACCAUGAAUAAUAAAAUUUACUAAGUUAUGACUAAAA